AUGGUAAAGUUCCUAAAGCUCGGCAAGGCGGCGAUCCUUCUUCAGGGCUCGUGGUUCGCCGGUCGUAAGGCGAUCAUUGUGCGCGUUUUCGAGGAGGGCACACGCGAACGCCCUUACGGCCACUGCCUCGUCGCCGGCCUAGCCAAGUACACCAAGAAGGUGAUCCGCAAGGACUCGGUCAAAAAGACUGCAAAGUCGCGCGUCAAGUGCUUCCUGAAGGUGGUCAACUUCACCCACAUCAUGCCCACACGCUACACCCUCGACGUCUACUUCAAGGACUUCGCCUCUGGCGGGCCCGACGCUCUCACCACCCGCGACAAGAAGGUUGCCUCCUGCAAGGCCGCCAAGGCACGUCUCGAGGAGAGGUUCAAGACCGGCAAGAACAGGUGGUUCUUCACCAAGCUCCGCUUCUAGGUGCAGAGCGUCUUUACAAUACCAGUAGUUCCUUGUUCUUGCAAUCAGUCACACACUGAGCUAUCUCUAUCACUGUUUUGUAUUGUGCAUGAGGAUUUUGUGGUUAGUAUGGAUCUCGGAGAGAAUUUAAUUAAGGCAUGAUG